AUGGGCGGCAACUGGGAGCUACUGGACUCGGACGCUUCUACAGUUGACUGCAAUGAGGACGAGGAGGACGACGACGACGAUCUGGAAGCUGUGUAUCCUGUGAAUCCUUCGCGUCCAGCUGUAAACCGGGAUCAUGUUCCUGUCGGGCAUGAGAUACAAACCCCGCCUGAUCGAGCCCCUGUUAAGAACGAAAUCAUCUUCUCGCCCUCUGUGAAAGAAAUCCAACCACCCGCCCCUGUCGUACAACUCUCCGAUAUAUGCUCCGAAUCCGACGACGAUGAUCCCAACAUCAACGAAGGCGAGAUCGCAUACCAGAACUUCAAAAACCGCAAGUCUACUAAACGGAAACGAGUCCUUACCAGCGCGCGCAAGUCCAAAUUUCCUAGAGAUGGCACCGGUCAGCGGUCAAGGAAUGAAGAGAAGAAGCCACGGCGCGAUGGUUACAGAGAGUACAAAGAGGACCCGGUGUCGUCGGAAGAUGAUGGCAUGGAGCAUACACUGCCAGACUAUGUACACAAGCGAAAGGCGCAGUUCGACCGGAAGACGGAGCUCCUACAGCAAUCAGGGCUCAAGUUGCCUCCUGAAUACGAGGACGUCGACUUCUCUGAUAAUGAGCGGUUAGCGCAUCUACGGGAACGGCCGGAGUUUACCACGAUGAAGCCCUGUCGGCCGUACGAGGACAUUGCUCUUCCGUUUUCGCUGGGACUUAUACCCGCUCCUAUUGCGCAGUGGUUGAGACAGUACCAGGUGGACGGGGCUGCUUUUCUGCAUGAGCUCUUUAUCUACCAGAAGGGUGGGAUUCUGGGCGAUGACAUGGGUUUGGGAAAGACAGUGCAGGUUAUCGCAUUCCUGACAGCCGCGUACGGAAAGACGGGCGACGAGCGAGAUGCGAAACGCAUGCGCAAGAUGCGUCGCAGCGGCCAGGAGAAGUGGUAUCCUCGAACGCUGAUCGUGUGUCCCGGCACGUUGAUACAGAACUGGCGGUCAGAGCUUAACCGCUGGGGCUGGUGGCAUGUUGAUGCGUAUCGUGGUGAGAACAAGGAGUUGGCUUUACAAGCUGCCCGGUCUGGGAGGGUUGAGAUACUUAUUACGACUUAUGGGACUUAUCUGCAGAAUAAGGAUGCCGUUAACAUGGUUGAUUGGGAUUGUGUGAUUGCGGACGAGUGCCAUGUUAUUAAGGAGCGUCGGUCUGAGACGACAAAGGCUAUGAAUAUGGUCAACUCUCUUUGCCGGAUCGGAUUGACCGGUACCGCCAUUCAGAAUAAGUAUGAGGAACUCUGGACGCUUUUGAACUGGACGAAUCCCGGAAAGCUGGGGCCGGUGACAACAUGGAGGAAGACCAUUUCGGAACCUCUGAAGAUAGGCCAGUCACACGACGCCACCCUCUACCAACUCAGCAAAGCCCGUAAAACUGCCAAAAAACUGGUCGAGAAUCUUCUCCCGCAGUUCUUUCUCCGCCGCAUGAAGACAUUAAUAGCCGAUCAACUCCCCAAAAAGAGUGACCGCGUCGUCUUUUGCCCUCUAACGGACACGCAAGCAGAUGCCUACGAGAACAUCCUGACCUGCGAUAUCGUCAGCUACAUAAAAGACUCCUCCGUCUUCUGUGACUGCGGAUCGAAAAAGAAAUCCGGUUGGUGCUGCUACCAAACCCUCCCCUCAGGCCAGCGAUGGCAAAGCUAUGUUUUUCCAGCAAUCGCGGUUCUGCAGAAACUCAGCAACCACCUCGCCAUUCUAAUUCCCCAAGGUGCCGAUGUAAAGGAAAAGCAAGAUAAGGACAAAGAAAUGCUAGAAAUAGCCGUCCCGGAUCAAUGGGAUAAACUAGUCCGCACGCGAGACUCUAUUAUCAACUACGCGAAUCCUGAAUUUUGCGGGAAAUGGAAAGUCCUUCGCAAACUGUUGAAGUGGUGGCAUUCAAACGGGGAUAAAGUACUUGUCUUCUCCCAUAGCGUACGACUUCUCAAGAUGUUGCAGAUGCUCUUUCACCAUACCAGCUAUAAUGUCAGCUAUCUGGAUGGAUCGAUGAGUUACGAAGACCGCACCAAGGCCGUUGACGAGUUUAACUCUGAUCCGCAGCAGUUCGUCUUCCUCAUUUCGACGCGGUCUGGUGGCGUUGGGUUGAAUAUCACAUCAGCAAACAAGGUUGUCGUGGUCGAUCCGAACUGGAACCCAUCGCAUGACCUGCAAGCUCAGGACCGGGCGUAUCGUAUCGGCCAGAAUCGAGACGUAGAAGUCUUUAGACUUAUCUCAGCGGGCACGAUUGAGGAGAUUGUCUACGCGAGGCAGAUCUACAAACAGCAGCAAGCUAAUAUCGGGUACAACGCCAGCAGCGAACGACGUUAUUUCAGUGGUGUGCAGGAGAAAAAAGACCAAAAGGGCGAGAUCUUCGGUCUGAACAACCUCUUCGAAUACCAAACCAACAACAUCGUCUUACGGGAUAUUGUCAACAAAACCAACGUCGCAGAAAGCCGUGCAGGAGUCAGUGUUAUGGGCGUCCAACUAGACGAAGAAGACGAAGACAAACCCUUCCCUAACCCAACGAAACGAAAUUCCGACGACGAUGACGACCAAGUCAUGAGCCAGCUCGCAGCCGCUAUGAUCCGCGGCGAUACAGACGCGCCGCCGGCUAGAAAAGAAGAAGAUAAUGACGAGAAACAAUUCAGGAUAACACCUAAAGCGAAACAUGACCCCAUCGAAGCCAUCCUCACUGGCGCAGGCGUCGAAUACACACACAUGAACAACGAAGUCAUUGGCUCCUCCAAAGUCGAAAAACACAUCUCCCGCCGCGCGCAACUAACUGAAGAAUCCACCGCCAACGCAAACGUGCACGCUUUUAUUUCCAGUCUCGACUCCCAAGACAAUACACUCACUCUCUUAGAUACUAACAUCAAAGGUGAUAACGACGCCACCCUCCACUUCAAAUACCACCCACCGCCGGAUGUCAUGAAACGACAGUUCUGUAGUAUGGCGAGGAGGUUUGGGUUCCCGAAUGCGACAGAGUUUGCUUUAGUUGUGGAGAGUAUGACGCAGGCUCAGAGACGGGCUUGUUUGGAGAGGUGGUAUGGGGAGAGGAGAGAGAGACUUUUGGGGAGGUGA